AUGCCUCCGUUCAACUCGAACAAUUACGCCCCUGCGACGUACAACGUCCCACAAGCUCCUCCCAACCCGCCCAAAUACUCCGAGGUGAUCGGAGUAGAAGAGGAGGUGUACCGGCCAUGGUAUGACCCACGAGGAUGGUCCCUCCGCAAGAAACUGAUCGUCGCGGGCUGCAUCGUGGUUGUGAUUAUCGUCGUGAUAGUCGGUGGGUACGAAGGGUGGAAAGUCAAUCGAUACCCCAACUAUUCCAAGAUCGAUUAUAAACUGGUAGACACCUAUGCCGGGUCGGGCUUCUUCGACAAUUUCCAGUAUUUCUCGGCAGCAGACCCUACUGGCGGCUUCGUUCAUUACUUGGAUGCCCAAGCGGCGCAGGGGAGCAAUCUCACCUACGCAUCGGAUACUUCCGCCAUAAUCAAGGUCGAUACCAACCCAGGCAAUCAGACCACCGGGCGCAACUCGGUUCGAAUCACUUCCAACAAGCAGUAUAAUGAUGGGCUGUUCAUCUUCGAUAUUGUGCACACGCCUUACGGCUGUGGGACUUGGCCAGCCUUGUGGCUGACCGAUCCCAGCAAUUGGCCCGAGAAUGGUGAAAUUGAUGUCUUGGAGUCGAACAACAAAGGGACACAUGGAAAUUCAAUGACGCUGCAUACAAGCAAAGGAUGCAAGAUGGAUGUUAAGCGCAAGGAGACGGGAAGCGUUCAUUACACAGAUUGUCUUAAUACUGCGAAUGACAAUGCCGGCUGUGGUGUGGCAGGGAAGCCAGCGACCUACGGAGAAGAAUUCAACAACAAUGGCGGUGGAGUCUAUGCAAUGGAGCUCCGAGAAGCCGGGAUUCGGGUCUGGAUGUGGGCUCGCAGCGAUAUCCCAUCCGAUGUCUCAGGGUCGAGCAGCCCCGACCCUUCGAGCUGGGGUGAAGCCCUAGCCGACUUCCCCAGCACGGAAUGUGACAUCCGUUCCCAUUUCAAAAACCAGAGUAUCGUUGCAAAUAUCGAUAUCUGCGGCGAAAUGGCGGGGGCGCCCUCGUACUAUACCACGCAGAACGAAUGCCCGGGCCUCUGCACCCAGUUUGCGGCAGAGAACGGGGGAAACUUCACGGAUGCCUACUGGGAGUUUAACAGUUUCAAGGUGUAUCAAGCAGCUUAG